AUGCACAGGCUGCUGCUCUUGUCUCUGGCCGCCGCCGGGGCCUUGGUCCUCGGCCUCCCCGGGAUGGACGCGUCCUCGCCGGCCGCUGAGCCCUGCUCUGCCCCGCUGCAGUGGGAGGGCAGAUGGGUGAUGUUCGACCACGGCACCGGGAGGAACAGCCGAGCAGCAGUCUCCUACGACGGCCUGGAGCAGAGGAUCCGAGUCCUGCAGCAGAACAAGAAGCACACACCCUGUCAGAAGUUUUUUGAGUACAUCUACUUGUACCAGAGCAUGGUGAUGUUCCAGAUCGACCAGAAGACAAAGGACUGCUCAAAGAUCGCUCUGACGGAGGCCUGGGAUCCCUUCAACAUCCCAGACAACUCCACCUUCGAGGACCAGUACUUCAUCGGAGGCCCCGGGGACAACGUGGAGGUUCAGGAGUGGUCGGACAGGAAGCCGGCACGCCAACAUGAGACCUGGGUGGGCGUUUACACCCUGAAGGACUGCUACCCGGUGCAGGAGACCUACGCCAAGAACAGCAGCGUCACCACCUCCACCCGCUUCUUCAACCUCCAGCUGGGCAUCAGCGACCCCGACGUCUUCACCCCGCCCGCCACCUGUCAAUCAGCUCGGCCCGAGAGGAUGGCCGAGUCCGACUGCUGAGGCCUUCAACUUUUAACCUGAGACUCUUAGCAGCAGCCUGAAAUCACUCCCUUGUUCACUCGUCCACUACUUCCUAUAAAACAGACACUCAAUAGUUCACUCGCAGUGAGAAGUGAGAUUUCAGACUCUUAA